AUUUUUGUUUUUGCUCUGAAGAGAGAGACAGUACAGUGAGUGACAAAAGAAAAGCAAAGCGAAAGCAGAAAAAAGGAGAGGAAAAAAAAAAAUAAUAAUAAAAAUCGGUGGGAGCUCAGAGAUCGAAUUUCCUUUGUUUGCAAGCUCUCUCACUCUCACUCAAUGGAAUGGUAGAUUUGGGGUCUACAAGCGCCACAUUUGUCAAAGAGUGGGAUUCAGCUUCUCGUGAUUUCUGGUACUGGCCUUCUUGCAAUGGGAAAAUCACCUGGGAAGUGGAUCAAAACCAUACUGUUUGGGAAGAAGUCAUCCAAAUCUAAUCUUUCGAAAGGGAGAGAGAAACUUACAAGUGAAAAAGAAGUCUUGGUUCCUGCCAAGACAUCGGUAGGAAAAUUGGGUUUGGAUCUGCCUGUGGUUUCAUAUCCUACCUCCAGAGCUGUUGGAAGACAUGAAGGGAAGGUAGAAAAGGAGAACAGGGAAGUCACAAAUUCAUCACAUGAUGGGGGGGAAAUUUUGCCCGGGAAUCUAGAGGCAGAUGCACGAGGAUCCACACCCCAAUAUGCACCACAUGAUCCUGAGAAUAUUAGGCAGGAGGAAGCUGCAACAAAGGCACAGGCUGCUUUUAGGGGUUAUCUGGCUCGCCGUGCAUUUAGGGCCCUCAAAGGCAUAAUAAGGUUGCAGGCACUUAUUCGAGGGCACUUGGUUAGGAGGCAAGCUGGUGCUACACUGUGCUGUAUGCUGGGCAUUGUCAAGUUUCAGGCUCUUGUUCGUGGAAGAAGGGUCAGGCAUUCAGAUCUGGGGCUUGAAGUGCAUAAAAAGUGCAGUCUGGUGAAGCCUCUGGAAAGCCGGCCUGCAGUUCCUGUUGAAGUUGAUAUUUCUACACGAAUUGCAAAGCUUUCUGCAAAUGCUUUUGUUCGUAAGCUCCUUGCUUCAUCACCAACUGUCAUGCCUCUGCACCUACAUUAUGAUUCUUCGGAACCAAAUUCAGUCUCAAACUGGUUAGAAAGCUGGUCAUCAUCCCAUUUUUGGAGACCAGUUCCUCAACCAAAGAAAAUCAUAGACACAAAAUCUAAUAGAAAGCAGGGAAGUGGGCAAAAUGUAGAAGCUCAAUUAGCUAAGUCAAAGCGCAGUACCCGGAGGAUUCCUGUUGCACAUAUGGACAGUGCCUCAGUGCAGGCAACCUCUGAAUCUGAGAAACCCAAACGUAACUUGAAGAAAGUUUCAAACCAUUCAGUAGAUUCGGUACAGGAGAAUCCACAAAAUGAGCUUGAAAAGGUCAAACGUAAUUUGAGAAAGGUUCAUAACCCUGUGGUAGAGAACUCUGUCCAGCCAGAGGUUGAAACUGAUAAACCUAAGCAGAAUAUGGAAAAGGCCUUGAACAAUUUGAGCCAUGACGUUUUAGGACGGGGCAUUAAUAAUUCUAGUGAGAAAAUGAAGAGAGAGGCAAGCUUGAAUACAUCCAAAAUGUCUGAUGUGGAAACACCUGAACCGUUGGUGCUGAAAGAGUUAUCUGAUUUACCACAUGCUGAUCAAGCUACAAUGGUAUUGAAGCAUUUGACAGAGGGGAGUGGUGAAGAUAAAAUUAAUUCUGGUGAGGAAGCUACACCAGAGUCAGAUAUUUUAAUAGAGAGCAGAGUUAAAAAUGAGAACAUUUCCAUAACAAAUGGAGAUGAGAGCCAAAAGGAAGAUUUGACAAACGAGAACCAGAAAACCAACCGGAAAGCUUCUGUCACCACAAAGCAAGAACGUACUGAGAAUGGGUCACAGAGCAGUCCAACAUUGCCCAGCUAUAUGCAAGCAACGGAGUCUGCAAAGGCAAAGCUGAGAAUUCAAGGCUCCCCAAGGUUUGGACAAGAUGGGGUUGAGAAAAAUAACGUCACAAGGCGCCAUUCUCUGCCAUCUUCGACUAGUUGUAAAAUCAGUUCACAAUCCCCAAGGACGCAGAGGCUAGCGCAAGCAGGUGGAAAAGGGGGAAAUAAAAGCGACAGAUCUCUCUUGUCUUCAAGAGAUGGAAAUGCGAAGGUAAUCCAAGCCGAAUGGAAAAGAUAAUUUCUGAAUGAAAAUCGGGUCUUCAGGAGUUUUAACACAAAAUUUGGUGAUGAAGCAAGGAGCUAAGUUGUUUUAACCAUCGAUCUGGAGUAUUUUGUUUAUUUUAUUUUAUUUUUGUGUGUUGCAAGUGUUCUGAGACUGGAACUAUGACUGUAAUUGAAGGGUUGUGUCGGGCCAAGAGCCUUUACUGAUUUUCCUGCAUUUGGGGUCUGUGUGUGAAUGUACAUCAUAGGAUUUGGAAUUUAUCAUGUCAUACUUAAAUUCUGAACUGUGGGGUUGAUCUUGA